AAUCACCCGCUCGGCCUCCUCGGAAUGCCAGCCCAGUGGUGCCCAUUUCCGGGCGCUGUAAAAAGGACUCCACAGGGGGCCGGGAUUUUCUCCCCUCGCGAUCGCCGUCGAAUCGCCCCAUCGGACGGCUACCGGAGAGGAGAAGAAGGUGAUGGACAUUCCGCUGCCCCCUCCUUGCGGCCGGAGGAGUAAAACGCCCGGCCCGCGCACAUUUCCGUCUUUCGUUAGCUUCGCGCUGCGCUCUCUUCUGGUGCGCUGUGAAGGCGCUCCCGUCGUCUGCUGCUGCCGCUGCCACUGCCACUGCCACUGCCCUCCUCGCCCCGCCCCGCGCCUCGCUCCUUCCUCGAGUCAUUCAUUCAUUCAUUCCCUUCCCUUCGUGUGCUGCUAAUCUGUUCGUCCUCGCCUUGCGUCUCGUCUCGUCUCGUCUCGUCUCGUCUCUUCUCUUCUCUUCUCUCUUUGAUCACUCCUCCUCCUCCUCCCUAUUCCCUUCCUUUCCUUGGCUGUUCGGGUUUCGAGGGCUCUGCCGCUGUUACGACGGUCGACAGCUUUCGACGAGCUCGUAUUCGUCGGCCGACUCACUCCAUAGCCAGCGAGCCAGUUAGCCAUCAGACUGCGUCGGUGUGUGCUCUGUGUGCCUGGCCUGUUGAUGUUGAUGUUGUUGUUGGUGCUGCUUUGUGGCACGAGUUCGGAGGUCGUGUCGAGGAAUUUUGGUUUUAAUCCGCGCGGAUAGGAGAGGAGAAGAAUCGCUGGGAAUCGAGCUCGCGGGAGUUGAGGAAAGCUCGAGACGACGGCCAAUCGAGAAUCAGUACAGCAGCUGUCGGCUUCUGUUUCGGUAUCGCUGGUCGUUCCACUCUAUAUACUGUUUGGAGAAGCUAGUGAGUGAGAUUAAGGCCCGAGGACGGGCGGUGUAUUGGCUUAGCGCAGGCCGAGGCCGAGGCCCAGGAGGAGGAGGAGGAGGAGAAGAAGAAGAAGAAGAAGCGGAAGAAUGAGAGGUUGAUUCGAAGCGAACCGAACUAUACUCAAGGUCAGGGCAAGAAAGCGAAGUCUUCAAGACACGUUCUUCCAUUUACCUAGGGUUUACAGGGCAGGUCAUCGAGAGAGGGAGAGCGAGGUGAGGCUGGGACCGAAUGCCAUUAGCUCUGAAGAUCGGCGUAUGGAGGGGAAAUCGAGGUCGCGCACGUCGAUUUGGGUAUGCUGAGUAAUUCAGGAUAUCCACUUCUGUGGAAUGCGCGUCCCAAGAGGAUCUAUGAGCAGAGCGUCCCAUUGUUGAGGAUUUGUCGGCAUCAACACUCGAAUCGGAGCCCUUGUGCGAUUCGUUGUCGUUGGGUAUAACAGAAGAAAUCUUACCGCAAAGACGGGAAGAUCAUCUAGGUCUAGGUCAAUUGGCUCGGGUUGCGCAGCGGAGCGAAUUGGUCCGUCCGUCUGUUUGUUCGUACGGAGUGUUAGGCGCUGGAUUCAGUCGCGCACUGCCCUGUUACGAUUCUGGGUUGUCUCACAAGCAUGGAUCACAUGUUACAACACGGCGAGUGCAAGUAAACGUGAUGGCUGGGAGAUCCAAGGUUCAGCCUCGUCAUAAGGCGUGUUUAUCAGAGACAUCUUGCACGUUCCGACUGCCCAUGGGAGUACGCAUGGAGCUCGUGAAUUGACCUGCUUAUAUUCUUGUUAGGGUGGUGGCUGUGACGGGGACGAUUUCUUGGACAUUGCAUCUUGGGUUUGCGGGGACGGAGGUGUCAACUGCGAGUCAGAAACGAGUUUAGAGGCUUGUUGUCUACAGUAGGAUAGAACAGGCACAACAAGCUGUGCGAGAGAGGGAGAGAGAGAAGGGAAACUCAUGCGUGGCAAUCUCAGUUCGGGUAAUGCCCCUGACCAGCUCUGCCGUGGAUGCGUUUGGAGUUGUGACCCUGGUACUUGUCAUUCUGUUGUGCCUGGUGGGAGUAUUUUGUGUGGCCUACGUCCUCUACUUCCGGUCGAAGAUACGAAAGGAACAACUCGUUGCGUUGCGUGACUUCAACUCAUUAUGGAUAGUGCGCAUCAUUCUCAUUGUGUUUGCGAUCCUCUGGGGUCUGGGGGAGCUACUUCGACUCCCCCUGCUGAGGAGAGAAGGAUGGCUGCUGCACUCCCUCAGUUUUCAAUGGCAGGCGAACAUGUGCAGAGCUUACAUCUUAAUAUCUCUUGGAUUUUUGGAGCCUUGCUAUUUUCUUACUGCUCUCUUUUUGGUUCACGGCUCCUUGCGGAACGCACCUUUUACUCCAAGAAAGAGCUGGAAUGGCAAGGUGAUUGGUCUCAUUUUGAUCUUCUGUCUGCCUGUAUUUCUUCUUCAGCUCUUUCUCGUUGUCAUCAGUCCUAGCUUUGAAUUCCGCAAUGGAUAUAAUGAGAAGAACGAAGGAUACGGGAAGCUACCGAAGUACUUCACGAGAACCUUCGAGGACAUGGGAUCUUCUCAGGAGGAGGAACAUGUUGCUGUGUGCACUUACCCACUUUUGAGCACGUUGGUCCUCGCCCUCUUUGGUUGCUUCUACAUCAUAUACUUCCUGUAUCUAGGGUGGAGGUUAUUUUCGUUGGUCAUCAACAGGAGGCUUCAGCUUCGAGUUUACGGCCUUGUGUUGGCGGUGGUUUUCCUCCUACCUGUUCACGUUCUCUUCCUGGGCUUCUCUGUGUUGUCCAGGCCUAGUGAACCUGUCUUUGAGGCUAUGGGUUUCAUGGGGUUCCUUACUGUGCUCCUGUGUACAACUGUUGGAGAAGGGAUUCUAGUAAUCAGACCUAUUGCCGAUGCGCUCGCGGUGCGGUGGGUUUUCGAAAGUGCUGAAAAGAAAAGAAGGCAUGCAAUUGAGGAAGUGUCAGCAGAGCCGCUUCUUGUAUCACUGUCUUCUUUAUCUGUCUUUGGAACCGACAGAGAUGACGCAGCCUUACUUGCCAGGCAGAGUCUCCUUAGAGAAGCAGUGAGUAAUGUAGAUCGAGAUUCAGAUCCCGCGAUGAAGGAGGUUUCUUUGGUACCGAUGGGAAAUUCCAGAAGUUACCCCGAAAGAAACGGAAUUCUCAUUUCACCCCCAGAUUCCCCUGCACUGCCUGGGAAACCCUUUGUGUCCCACAAUCUCCAUUCUCUAGUCUAGUGGAGGAAACUGUGGGAAGAGUUGUGGAGGGUGCAAUAUUUGGCUGAUGGUUUGUUACAAGAGUUUUGAGAUUUUAUUAGCUCUGAACUCUCAACGGCCACUUUGCCCCCUACUGAUUUGAAGUAUAUGUGUGCUAGUUAGGAAGCUCAGUGAGUACAUUUGUCCUUAGGUUGGUGCAUAAAAGAGAAUCUGGUCAUCUUUGGUGCGCUCGAGUUGCAACAGGUUGUAGAUUAUUGUUUGACCCAAACGGAAGUACACGCAUUUGUUGGAGAAUUGUACCGAUACUAGAAGAAUCAUUUUCACUCCAUUCACUUCAAAGAAAGUUAGUCAUUAUCAAUCACUCUUCAUUGUGCAGUAAAAGAUGUAUUCUUUU